GGCGGGUGGGGGGAGAUUUGAGGGAGGUUGGGGUGGGUUGGUGUGGGAGUAGUGGGCAAAAGCAUUGGGGUAGGAAUAGGGGGGUGGGCAAGGGUCGAGAAGACCCGGGGUAGGGUUAAGGUUUUUGUUCGGUGAGUUCCAGGAUGCGUAGCCGUCCGAGUGUAGCUGCCCGCCAGAGUUCUGGCCUCUUCCUCCUCCACGGCCUUGACCACCACGACCGCCACCUCGGCCAGGGUAGCCACGGCCAGCCGCCGGAUCUGCCACGCCGCCGGUUCGGCCAUGUGGCUAUUGCUGGUUCGUUCCCGGCUGCCCGCUGGUUCGUCCGACCAGGAGGGCUGUCCCGGUCUCGAUGGAGUGCAAUCGUUGACGUUCUAGGAGCAACAACGCCGACCGAGCUUGGAGAAAAUUGGGUUGGGGCUGUUGAAAUUGCAUCCAAGAGGUUUGUGCUUGGAGAUCGUCCGGUAGACCUCGCAAUAGUUGGAGCACGAGCUGCGAUUCGGAGACUGGGGCGUCGACGUCAUCUAGCCAAUCGGCUAUGUUGCAUAGGGUUUGGCAAUAAGUAGCCAUGGGCAUGGAUCCCUUAACCGUGGGUGUUAACACUCAAAGCUAGACCGCUAAUUGAUACUCCAUCUGUCCCAAAAAGUCUUUCGUGUUUCAUUUUUUUCGCAUCCCAUAAAACACUCCUAUCCUUCUUUUAAAUGCCAAAAAAACAUUCAAAAUAACUUCUACCCACAAUAAAGAAGAAAUGUUGUAAAUUUUAGGCAUUUUAGAUGUCGGUAGAAGUGUUUUAUGGGAUGCGCAAAAAAUGAAACAGGAAAGACUUU